CAACGGUCCAUAUAUACUUGCUCAUAAACAAAAACAGUCUUGAGGAAAAAAGAAAAAUCAUCAGCCUUGAUGGAAUUAAUUCACACAUUCCUCAACUUAGCAGCACCGCCUUUCACCUUCUUCUCCCUUUUGUUUUUCUGGCCGCCCUUUCAGGUCUUCAAAUUUUUCCUCUCUAUUUUGGGUACCCUUUUCUGUGAAGACGUGGCCGGAAAGGUUGUCCUCAUCACCGGAGCUUCCUCCGGCAUAGGGGAAUGCCUUGCAUAUGAGUAUGCUAAGAGAGGGGCGUGCUUAGCUCUGGCGGCCAGACGAGAAGGAAGUCUUGGUGACGUGGCUGAAAGGGCACGUGAUUUGGGGUCGCCAGAUGUCAUCGUUAUACGUGCUGACGUGUCCAAGGUGGAGGAUUGCAGGAGGAUCGUUGAUCAGACUAUGAAUCAUUUUGGUAGAUUGGAUCAUCUAGUGAAUAAUGCUGGGAUUGCCUCAGUUGCCUUGCUGGAGGAAGUUGAUGAUGUCACCAAUUUUCGAAACGUUAUGGACGUGAAUUUCUGGGGUUAUGUGUACAUGACGAGGGUUGCAGCUCCGUACCUUAGGAAUAGCAGAGGCAAAAUUGUGGUGCUUUCUUCAUCUGCUGCUUGGAUGCCUUCACCCAGGAUGAGUAUUUACAAUGCGAGUAAAGCAGCAAUUUCACAGUUCUUCGAGACAUUGAGGGUGGAAUUCGGACCAGAUAUUGGGAUAACACUCGUUACUCCCGGAUACAUAGAAUCCGAGCUCACUCAAGGAAAAUUCUACAACAAGGCAGGAAGACUCGAAGUCGAUCAAGACACGAGAGAUGUGCAAGUGAACGUAAUGCCUGUGCUAAGUACGGAGAGGUGCGCAAAGGCCAUAGUGAGGGGUGCAAUCCGUGGAGAAAGGUACGUGACGGAGCCAGCUUGGUUCAAAGUCACUUAUUUGUGGAAGCUUUUGUUCCCGGAGUUGGUGGAGUGGAGUUUAAGGCUGAUGUCGAUGACGGGACCUGGCGAGCCAUCAAGGGAGGCUCUCGGGAAGAGGCUGAUGGACUACACGGGUGCCAAGACUGUGCUUUACCCCGAGACAGUGCAGGUCUCUGAAACAAAGAGAGAGUAAUUAAAAUUAUGAUACAUGUUUUUAUGUUGUGAUGUUUGUUGUUUGUUUGUUUGAUGUGUAAGUAUUUCAAAUAAGUCGUGCGCAGGUCUGGUUACAAGACAUGUAUACUGAUAUGUGACGUAAGUUGUGGAUCGACUAUUUCAUGUUUCGCUACAUGUUAAUAUGUCAAUAAUGUGUGUAUCAUAAUAAGGUGUUGCAGUUUCAUGCUUUUCAA